GAUAUUGUCUUCGUAUCACCUAAAUCAACAAGCUUACAAUAUGGUGAUCCGAAGCGUCCUAGUCACCGGUGGCCUCGGCUUUGUUGGCUCGGCCAUUGUCGAUGCACUGCACAAAAGGUACCCUUCUAGUAUGAUCAAAAUCUUGGAUAUUGGUGAUGAUAUCUUCGAAUGGAAAAAGAAUGUGAAUCACUCACCAAAUAUCAGCCUUGUAGCAUGCGAUAUUCUGGAUACGAGGGGGCUAAGAGGCGUCCUUCACCAAACUAAGCCGGACGUCGUUAUUCAUACAGCCGGAAUAAUUCCUCCGUUGGGCGAAAGAUACCACCGCAGGAUGGAGAAGAUAAUACUAAAUGUGAAUGUCGAGGGAACUCGUAAUGUCUUGAAUGCCACGAGAGAUUCUGGGGUAGGCGUAUUCAUUUACACGAGUAGCUGUUGCUCUGUGGUUGAUGAUUGGGCGCAUCCUUAUCCAAACAUUGAUGAGCGAUGGCCAACCGCGAAAAGGUCAUCGAUCUAUGGGGAAUCAAAGGCAGAGGCAGAAAGAAUUGUUCUAGCAGCAAAUUCCACUACGUUCUCAACAUGCAUCCUUCGACCAUCAGUCAUCAUGGGCCCGGGUGACAAACAGCUCAUUCCCCCUAUACAUGCCUGUAUAGCAAAAGGAGAGACCCCCUUCAUUAUUGGAUCAGCCGAUAAUCUCUGGGAUAUCACCUACGUUACAAAUGUCGCGGAUGCUCAUGUGCUUGCAGCUGAAAAUCUCCGCUCAAACACGCCAACCGCUGCCGGUGAAAUCUUCUUUAUACAAAACAACACGCCAAUCACAUUUCGCGAUUUUAGCAUAGCUGUAUGGAAGGAGUUCGGGCAUAUUCCACCUUAUGAAGUGACGAUACCGGGAGGUCUAGCUUGGGUAGCCGGCCUUUUGGCAGAAGGUGCCUCGUGGUUAAUUGGGUCAAAAGAACCUACUUUGAGUAGAGGCACUGUGAAUGAUGCUUGUGCUGUUAGAUAUGCGAGUGGCGAAAAAGCGAAACGAUUCCUAGGAUAUGAAGCAAAAGUAGGUUUGGAGGAAGGGAUUCGCUUGAGUUGUGAAGCGUAUAAGAAGAUACUUGCGAGCCGAGAGAAAGAUGAAUGACGCAUAGUAACUGUUGAUUGUUGAUUGUAGUUCAUAGGUAAUACAUUGAGAUUAGGCA